CAGCAGCUGGAGAUGGAGACCCAACACUCAUCACCUCUGUCAUUCCCCAACGUCCCUCAAGAAGAAGCCUUGCGUCAGGCCCCUGCUGGACUCUCCCGAGAAUCGCUGUUCCAAUCCCGUAUUCUUCCCCCCAAAGAAAUCCCUUCUCUGUCUCCUGCUGUUCCCCGGCAAGGCUCCCUGCCCCAAACUCCCAGCGCCCCCAAGCAAGAGACUUCUGGCCGAAUGUCGCAUGUGCUCCAGAAGGGACCUUCACUCCUCUACCCCGCUACUGCUGAGCAGGAGUCUCGUCUGCAGUGUCACCUGGCUCCCCAGGAAGAGAGCCAGUAUCCGCCCCCCACUGCUGCCGAGCCACAGCUCUCCAUUCUCUCCCACUCCACCCACCACCAAGAAGCCCCACUCCACUCCCCGGAAGUUCCUGAGAAGGAGCCCCUGACCCUCUCUCCCACCGUCCCCGAGACUGACUUGGACCCCCUGCUCCAGAGCCCAGUUUCCCAGAAGGACACCCCUUUCCAGCUCUCCUCGGCAGCCCAGAAGGAAAUGCCACUCCCCACGGCAGAGAUCACCCGCUUGGCGGUGUGGGCCGCUGUCCAAGCGGUGGAGCGGAAAUUGGAGGCCCAGGCCAUGAGACUGCUGACCUUGGAGGGCAGGACGGGGACAAAUGAGAAAAAGAUAGCCGACUGCGAGAAGACUGCCGUGGAGUUUGCGAACCAUCUAGAGAGCAAGUGGGUUGUGCUGGGGACAUUGCUGCAGGAGUACGGGCUGCUGCAGCGGAGGCUGGAGAACAUGGAGAACCUGCUGAAGAAUAGAAACUUCUGGAUCCUGCGGCUGCCCCCGGGCAGCAAUGGAGAAGUCCCCAAGGUUCCUGUCACAUUCGAUGACGUCGCCGUCCAUUUCUCGGAGCAGGAGUGGGGAAACCUCUCGGAGUGGCAGAAGGAACUCUACAAAAACGUCAUGAGGGGCAACUACGAGUCUCUGGUUUCCAUGGACUAUGCAAUUUCCAAGCCAGACCUGAUGUCACAGAUGGAGCGAGGGGAGAGGCCAACGGUGCCAGAACAAGACGACUCGGAGGAGGGCGAGGCGCCCACAGAUCCUAGUGCUGCACACGAUGGCAUUGUGAUUAAGAUCGAGGUCCAGACCAACGAUGAGGGUUCAGAAAGUGUGGAGACCCCGGAGCCCCUGAUGGGACAAGUGGAGGAGCACGGAUUCCAGGACUCGGAGCUGGGGGAUCCCUGUGGCGAGCAGCCAGACCUGGACCUGCAGGGACAGGAGAACACUCUGGAAGAGUCCACAGAGGGCUCCAGUGAGUUCAGCGAGCUCAAACACAUGCUGGCGCAGCAGAGAAACUGCACAGAGGGCAUCGUGAUCAAAACGGAGGAACAGGACGAGGAGGAAGAAGAGGAGGAGGAAGAGGAGGAGGAAGAGGAGCUGCCCCCGCACCUGCAGUCUCUAGGGCAGCUGUCCGGUCGCUUCGAGGCGAGCAUGUACCAGGCCCCACUGCCCGGGGAGCUGUCCCCCGAGGGUGAGGAGAGCCCCCCACCACUACAGCUGGGGAAACCGACCCUGCGGAGACUAGCCCCCGUGGCGCACAGCGAGCGGCACCUGGGCGAGCCUCGUGGGCCAGCCGGGCAGCAGCAGCGCAACCGGCGCGGCGGGCGCCCCUUCACCUGCCUGGAGUGCGGCAAGAGCUUCCGGCUAAAGAUCAACCUGGUCAUCCACCAACGCAACCACGUCAAGGAGGGCCCGUACGCAUGCGCCGAGUGCGAAGCCAGCUUCCGCCACAAGCAGCAGCUAACGCUGCACCAGCGCGCGCACCGCGGCCCGCGCGCACCACCCUCACCGGAGCGUGCGCCUGGCCUGCACCCCAAGCACGCGCUCAAGGCGCGCCCCAAAUCGCCGGGAGGCGGCGGCGGCGGCGGGGGCGGCGGGGGUAGCAGCUCCAAGCCCUACCAGUGCCCCGAGUGUGACAGCAGCUUCAGCCACAAGUCCAGCCUGACCAAGCACCAGAUCACGCACACGGGCGAGCGGCCCUACACGUGCCCGGAGUGCAAGAAGAGCUUCCGCCUGCACAUCAGCCUGGUCAUCCACCAGCGCGUGCAUGCCGGCAAGCACGAAGUCUCCUUCAUCUGCAGCCUGUGCGGCAAGAGCUUCAGCCGCCCGUCGCACCUGCUGCGCCACCAGCGGACGCACACGGGCGAGCGGCCCUUCAAGUGCCCCGAGUGCGAGAAGAGUUUCAGCGAAAAGUCCAAGCUCACCAACCACUGCCGCGUGCACUCGCGCGAGCGCCCGCACGCCUGCCCCGAGUGCGGCAAGAGCUUUAUCCGCAAGCACCACCUGCUAGAGCACCGGCGCAUCCACACGGGCGAGCGGCCCUACCACUGCGCCGAGUGCGGCAAGCGUUUCACGCAGAAGCACCACCUGCUGGAGCACCAGCGCGCGCACACCGGCGAGCGGCCCUACCCGUGCGCGCACUGCGCCAAGUGCUUCCGCUACAAACAGUCGCUCAAGUACCACCUGCGGACCCACGCGGGCGAGUGA